GGACUGAGUUGUACAGAGUUAAUGGGAAGUGGCUGAAGCCCAGGGCGCGGCUUGUUUAGAGUAAUUGUCUUUGCUGCGCUGGGAGAGAAGAGCUGCUGCUGUUGCGCUUACUUCGUCCUGUUCCCCUCCUUAUUGACGUCCCGCUAGACACACUUUAAACUGCUAUGGCUUCAGUGUGGGUAGGCAGCAGAGGAACUGUGAAAGAUUUCCCAGGCUUCAGUGCUGGCAGAGAUGCUGAUGCUAUCCGAAAGGCAAUCAAAGGAUUGGGAACUGAUGAAGAUUCGUUAAUCAACAUUCUGACACAGAGGUCCAACACGCAGAGGCAGCUAAUUGUAAAGGAAUAUCAGGCAGCCUGUGGGAAGGAGCUGAAAGAUGAUUUGAAAGGCGAUCUUUCUGGCAAUUUUGCACACAUCAUGGUGUCCCUAAUAUUGCCUCAAGCUUAUUUUGAUGCAAAGCAGCUGAAGAAAGCAAUGAAAGGCACAGGUACAACAGAAAGCAUCUUAACUGAAAUCCUAGCAUCAAGAACCAGCAAACAAAUGAAAGACAUAGGUGAUGCCUACUAUACAGUGUAUGGGAAAAGCCUUGGAGAUGAAAUCAGUUCCGAAACAUCUGGCGACUUCAGGAAAGCCCUGCUGUUCUUAGCCAAUGCCAGACGUGAUGAAGGUAUAAAAGUGGAUGAACAGCUUGCUAAAAAGGAUGCAGAGAUUCUGUAUAACGCUGGUGAGAAAAAAUGGGGCACAGAUGAAGACAAGUUCAUUGAAGUUCUAUGUCUGAGAAGUUUUCCCCAACUCAAGCUAACAUUCGAUGCUUACAAAAGUGUAUGCAACAAAGAUAUUGAAGACAGCAUAGACAGUGAGGUGUCUGGGCAUCUUGAGGAUUUGCUAAUUGCCAUAGUAAAAUGUGCAAGAAACAUGCCGGCAUUUUUUGCUGAAAGGCUACACAAAUCCCUCAAGGGUGCAGGAACAGAUGAGUUUACUCUGACUAGAAUAAUGGUCACUCGAUCAGAAAUUGACCUUUUGGAUAUCCGUACAGAGUAUAAGAAGCUUACUGGAUACUCCUUGCAUUCUGCUAUUAAGUCGGACACUUCAGGAAAUUAUGAGGCAGCACUUUUAAAGCUCUGUGGAGGAGAUGACUAAAUGGAAAAAAGAAUACGAGAAGAAAAUGUUUCAAUGCAAACGUGCAUUUUAAAACAAAAAUAUAUAGUCUUAACACUUGUUCUUUACUGUAUUUCAUUGCUGUUAUUCUUGCAUAUUGUGAAAUAUGUCCUUUACAGUUAUAGGGACAAAGCCCAAUUUCUACAUCCAGUUUAUACCCCUACUACAGUACAGACUGUGAGCUGCAAGUACAUCACCUAUGCAUCCUUAGCAUGCAAUAUAUUUUCAAAAUAUUUCUGUGCUGUAGCUUAAUAAGACUUUUUUUUUUUAUUUUUAACAUAAUAAAAUCAGUGUAGGGCGACAAAAGCUGUUUAUACACAAUAGGAGGAUUGAUACUGGUAUAUUUUGUACCCCGACGGCUUCUGUAGUUCCCCAUCACUGUUAAAGGGGGAGAUAACCUUUGAGAUGUUAAUGUUUUCACAGUUUUAAACUUUUAAUUUUCCUCUCAUUGUUAAUUCAGACUAGCAGCCCAGGAAGCCAGGCAUGUGCUUUCUCAAAUGUUACAACUAACUCAUUAGUUGCUGGCAUUCAUUUUAUGCUGCUGAGAAAUGUAGCAAAUUGACAGAUUACCUUAAUAUAGCUCACACACAAAGCAAAACAACCAACCUUUGCAUACUGUAAUAUUUUAAUAUGUAUGAUUAUAUCAGUAGGGUUUUUAGCAUGAUAACCUACUGCAGGCAAAGCACCCAAAAGUGCCAAUAGUCUUGGAUUACUACAUGUACCAUUUAUCUGCCAGAGUAGACGAAGAAAUGGCAACUACUCUUCCUUUCUGAAUGGAAUGAAAAGCCAUGAUGUCAGUGUUUUACUAGUGGGAAUUGUCCCAGACAUCGACCUGCUUAUGCAGUUAUUCCCUUAUGUCUGUAAUGCUCAGCUUAAGUCUACACAAGUGCUUUGUGGCACAAUCAUAUGACAACGUUGGCUAUCAAGACAAAGUACCCUAGGCCCCAGUGCAUAUUUUGAAAAGCACCGAACCAGGGCAGGAAGUAAUUAGAACCACUUUUGUUUGCCAAGUUGUAGGGCACCCCUUAGUGAUUCCACUUUUUGUUCUUUAAGAUGUGAAGCUAACUGGCUGUCACAGGGGGUGACACUAUCAGCGACGUCUUUUUCUCUAAUUGCCAUUCUAGUUUGAUGAUCCCAAUGCUUUAUCAAUAUACAAAUUUAUAUUU